GUGCGCCACGUGUCAUCCAUCGGACGGUUCUCCCACUUCCACCUCUUCCCCACGAACAAAAGUCCAACGCUUCGGCCUCUUCCCCAUGCCUCCUCUCCGCCAUUGCUAUCUAUCGCUCACUUUCUCCCUUUCCCCUCUCCCAACUUCUGAUUCCCUGUGACGAUCGUAUCCUAUCACGGCAAAUUCGAUCGUCGGUCUGUUUUCGUAGGUACUUCCGAGAGGAUUCUGGGUUCCUUUCAUUUUGUUGGUUAAGUCGAGUGAUGAUUGCUUUACAAGCGAAGUACAGUGAAUUUUCCUUCCUUUUCCCUGUUUUUGUUUUGGGUAAUUCCUUCGAGGGAUUUUUUUCUUGAUUUUUUCUUCCAUUUAUUGUAUGGGUUUCUGGAUUGUGAUCGUUGUGCCUACUGCUUGUUCUUGUUUGGAGCUUUUCCGAGUGUUUUCUUAGCUGGGAUUGGGGUUUUGAUGAGUGGAGACUGUUUGGUGAUUGAGCUGCAGUUCGGUUUUUUUUUAUUCUUCCGGUUCAGAGACUGGUCUAUAAACAAAGGGUUCGAAUUUGGAAUGAGCUUGGCAUAAAAUGUGACAGCUUUUUCACUGUCUUAUCUACUGUAUUCUGGAGUUAGGCAAACGGCAGUUGUUUGGCUUUUUCACCUUCCUAAUCAGUGAUCGCACUUCCUCUUUUGCGGGUUUAAGUGGGUUUUGCUUUUGCGUAAGAAAGAUCGCAACUUUCGUUGUUUCUUUUAAGCUAAUACUUUACAAGUUACCUAAACCCGCCUUCAUGUUUCUUGGCAGCUGGUAUAUCCCCCAACUAAGUGUUAGCUUCCUUUGUGGUUGCCCAAAAGAAACAUGGUUUGCAUUUGACUAGGACACUUACUGUGUGUCGUGUUGACGACUCUGUUUUAGAUACAGGAGCUUACUCAAUUAUGCUGUUUCACACCCUUCUUCUUUAUUCCAUUCUGCAGUGGCUUUGUUCAUCUAGUGUCAGAAUGACAUUACUUGUAUAGCUUGCUCUUCAGUCAGCCAAAAUUUAGAAACAUGGGUGGGAUUUGUUCAAGGAAGAGAGACCAAGAUGUUCUUGGGGGUGGUAGUGCCAGCAGAGUUUCAGGGAGGUAUGGUAAAAGUGGGAGUUCGAAAUGGCUUCACAACUCAUUUGGUAAUGUUGCCGUCGCUGACUGCCAACCAGGAGGAAAUUGUCCCUCUUUGAUGGAACUAUGCAUACAACAGAUAUGCAAGGACAUUGAAAGAUAUAAGUCCUUUUCUGUUCUUCCAAGGGAUAUAAGCCAGCAAAUAUUUAAUGAGUUGGUGUUGACUCAUAGUCUCAAUGACGAUUCUCUUGUAGCAUUUCUCGAUUGCGCUCUGCAGGAUGUUCAUUUAGGUGACUGUCCAGGGGUGAAGGAAAGUUGGAUGGAUGUAAUAUCUUCACAAGGAUCAUCUCUACUUUCCUUGGACCUUUCCUAUUCGGAAGUCACAGAUGCUGCAUUGGUUGGUCUGAAAGAUUGUUCAAACCUUCAGGAAAUGACUCUAAAUUAUUGUGAAAGUUUUACUGAGCAUGGGCUGAAACACAUAAGUGGCCUUAACAGCUUAACUUCUUUGAGUUUCAAAAGGAGUAAGGCUAUUACUGCUGAAGGGAUGCAAGCCUUCUCCAACUUGGUUAAUUUAGAGAAGUUGGACCUGGAGAGAUGCUCCCAGAUUCAUGGUGGACUUGUUCAUCUAAAAGGAUUAACAAAACUGGAGUCUCUUAAUGUUAGGUGCUGUAAAUGCAUUACAGAUCUGGACAUGAAAGCUCUCACUGGUCUCGCUAAUCUGAAGGAACUGCAAAUAUCCAAUUGUAACAUAACGGAUUUUGGAGUUUCCUUAUUAAGAGGUUUGGAGAAGAUUAUCAUGCUGAACUUGGAAGGUUGUAAUGUGACAACUGAAUGUUUGGAUUCACUUGCAGCUCUUGUAAACCUUGCAUACUUAAAUUUAAGCAGAUGUGGGCUAUCAGAUGAGGGAUGUGAGAAGUUUUCUGAGCUGAAGAAGCUGAAGGUUUUGAGUUUGGCAUUCAACAACAUUACAGAUGCCGUUUUGGUCCAUCUAAAAGGCUUAAAGAACUUAGAGAGCUUAAACCUGGAUUCUUGUAAGAUUGGUAACGAGGGGCUGGCUAACUUGUCUGAACUUCCCCUCAAAAGCUUGGAGUUGUCUGAUACUGAAGUUGGCAGCAGUGGUCUUCGUCAUCUUUCAGGUUUGAAUCAACUGGAGAGCUUAAAUCUGUCUUUCACCUUGGUCACCGACGGUGGUCUAAGGAGAUUAUCUGGGUUGACUUCUCUUAGAUCACUCAACCUGGAUGCUCGCCAGAUUACAGACACUGGUCUUGCCGCUCUUACAAGUUUGACCGGUCUGACCCAUCUGGACCUAUUUGGAGCUCGAAUUUCAGAUGCUGGAACAAAUUAUUUGCGACACUUCAAGAAUCUUCAAUCCCUGGAAAUAUGUGGUGGUGGCAUAACAGAUGCUGGGGUAAAGAACAUCAAAGAACUUUCUCACCUAACCGUGUUGAACUUGUCACAGAACAGCAACCUGACAGACAAAACCUUAGAGUUGAUCUCUGGGUUGGAGGGUUUAGUGUCGCUGAAUAUUUCAAAUUCUCUGAUAACCAACAAGGGUCUGCAGCAUUUGAAGCCAUUGAAGAAUUUACACUCCCUAACAUUGGAGUCCUGUAAGGUGACUGCCUCCGAGAUAAGGAAGCUGCAGGUAUCUGCACUCCCCAAGCUGGUAAGCUUUCGACCGGAGUGAAGAAGCAGGAUGUGUACCCUUAUAGCGAAAGGGGAAGGAACUACUUGUAAAUAUAGCUUGGUGAUGCUCUCAGCUGGUGGUGUUAUCCCACAUACAGUCUCUUAAUAAGUAUACCUACCGGCUACCGCCUCAUCUGGCCGAAGGAAAGUUUGAAGGCUAGCAAUAGGAAGCAAGCCAUGCAGAAAGAAAGCCGUCAAAGUAUGUAAAUAUAUUGGCUUUUCUCUGCUUGCUCAAACCAUCAAAUGAAAGUUGUGCAUACAUAGCAGUUUUAUCAGGUGGCAUGAAAAUGUUUGCCCUAGUUUCUGUGAUUAUCAGAACAUGGUCGGAGCAGAAUGGAACAAUAUAACAUCAACCUGCAA